UCAAUCAGCGCGUGGUGCCCUUUGAUGUUCGCGCUACACGACUUGUCUUCUGCUCAAAAGCAAUAUUUGUUGCAGGCCGUGACUGCAUUACUUUUCAUCGCUCCGAGGUCCUGCGUAUUAUUUCUGUUAUCUCUUAGAAAGUUCGAGUACUUGAAUUGUGAGAAAAAUCACAAAAGUUUAUUUUUUUUUGACAAGAAAGUGGAAGCGUCUUUUGUUUUGUUUUGUUUUGUUUUUACAAAGAAAAAAUGCCGCAGCUCAACAGCGGAGGGGGGGAUGAUCUCGGGGCCAACGACGAAAUGAUUGCCUUCAAAGAUGAGGGAGAACAAGACGAAAAAAUCCAAGAGAACGCGUUUACCGAGCGGGACCUGGCCGACCUGAAAUCCUCACUGGUGAAUGAAUCGGAGAUCAGUCAAAACUCGCACCCGCCGGUGGUUAGGACAGGACAGCAGGAGGAGCAGAGAGUGUACGAGGACAAACACAGGGAACACCUCGAACAUCUUGACGACGUAACAAAGCCACAAGAUGGAGGGAUGUACAAAGCAUCACCAUAUUCUGGAUACCCGUUCCUGAUGUUACCAGAUCCCUAUCAUCCAAAUGGACAAGUGUCACCAUCUGCUAACAAAGUGGCAGUUGUUCAGCAGCCUCAUGGGAUGCACCCACUUACAUCACUUCUACCAUACAGCAAUGAACACUUCAACCCCAGUCCUUCUCAUCUGACAUCAGAUAUGAGCCAAAAAACAGGUGUUCACAGACAUCAGCCCCAUGAUCUCACAAGCUUCUAUUCCUUGCCUUCAGGAGGAGUUGGCCAAAUUACCUCAUCCAUGGGCUGGCAAAGUCAGCCUGUCUAUCCACUCUCCUCGUGUGGCUUCAGGCAGCCCUACUCCUCCAGUCUCACCAGCAACUCCUCCUAUUCAAGGUUCUCUCACUCUCUGAUUAUGGGGCCAUCUGGAAUGCACCCUACAGGAAUCCCACACCCUGCUAUAGUUCCCUCUUCAGGCAGGCAAGAGCAGUUUGACAUCAAGCCACAUCCAGAGUCAAAGAGGGAUAGAGAGUCUAAGAAGCCAGUCAUCAAAAAGCCUCUGAAUGCUUUUAUGCUCUACAUGAAGGAGAUGAGGGCAAAAGUCAUUGCAGAAUGCACCUUGAAGGAGAGUGCAGCUAUCAACCAAAUACUGGGCCGUAGGCUAAAGACCUUCCACUGUGUAUGUGUUUUACAGUGGCAUGCUCUAACUCGUGAGGAACAGGCUAAGUACUAUGAGCUUGCAAGGAAAGAGCGGCAGCUUCACAUGCAACUCUACCCAAGCUGGUCUGCCCGGGACAACUAUGGCAAAAAGAAGAGAAGAAAAAGAGACAAGCAGCAAGAUUCUGCCACAGGCCCUGGCUUACUUAAGAAAUGCCGAGCUCGUUUUGGCCUCAAUCAACAAAUGGAUUGGUGUGACCCCUGCAGGAGAAAAAAGAAGUGCAUUCGCUACCUUCAAAGAGGACAGUGCACCUGCCACAAUUCUUCCGAUGGAAGUGCUGUAGAAUCGCUUUCCUCUCCUAUUCAUAACUUCACACAACAAACCUCUCCUCUAAACCACCCCAAUGCUUUUCAAAAUGGCAGCAAUCUCCAUGCACAUACCGGACAAAACCCUUACCCCCACUGCUCAGUCCUCACAAACUUCUAAUUUUCUUCAGCAGAGCAAAAACAGAUAACCCAAUCAAGACUUUUGUAGUUCAUAUAAUUCAACAAUGAGAAAUUUAAAUGAAGACACCAGCUGCUGUAUGAAUCACAUUGCUGGCAACUUAAUUGUACAAUUUUAAAAAUGUCAUCAAAUGAUGGUAUUCUAUAAGUUAAAUAGUUUUUUUUGUCAUUUUUUUAUUCCCAUAUUUGCAUUUGUUUACAAACUGCUCUACUUACAAAGUGCUCUGUCUGGUGUCUUUCAACCAAACACCACAGUGUGAAUGCAUUGUAAUUAACAGUAAUGGAAAAUGUUUCAUCAUGCAGUAUUGAUUCUGAAUAUGUUCAGUCAUAGAAUAGUUCUCAAGUUACAUUGUAGAGUACAUGUUGAAUUAAUGCAGCUCCUCAAAUUAUUGUGCUUGUUUACUUCAUAUAUCAAAGUUCUUUAUUUCUCCUAAGUAAAAAAAGCUUUGUUUCACA